AAACGCUUGUUACCGAAAACCUAACCCAACAUACUGAUCCCCCGCAAUAUUCAGACUGGAGGCUUUGGGUCACGCUCCCACGGGCGGGCAGAAAUCCAUGUGGCUGGGAGCAACACGCCAGCCCAGCAGGCACACACCGCCAGACCGGCCAGACUGAUUUGGUUACUGCGACAGAAGUGCCCCCGCCGACCCAAACCCUUGGCCCAAGCAGCGAGCCGUUGGUCGCGGUGAAAGCUGCCGAAACAGGGGCCUCACAACGCGAUGGGCGAGCCAAUUUCCAACCUCGCAGAAGGGCUCACAUCCCCCUAUCCAUCGAGUCCAACCAUGAGAAAGUCCACUAACGGCCCACAGUCGAAGCGCCAUGCGCCAGAGUUCUCGCGCUCGCUGACGAAGCGACGCCGCCUGGUGUCUCUGGCGAAUGCCAACGAGGACCUGGGUAGCUCACGGAUCCUCCACGUCAGCGACGACGACGACGACGCCGCCGCCGGCCACGACGAGCUCUCGGCCAUCGACUGGCAGGACGACAACACGGGCCCGCCGCCGCCGCCGUCCUCGGACCGCCCCGUCAGCAGCAUGCGCCGGUCCCACGGCCCAGACUCGGCCACAUACCACACCACCACCACCACCACCACCAACGGCAACACGAACCAGCUCUCGCGCCAUGUUCAUGCCACCAUGACAGACGCGCUGCUCCCAGGCCGCGCUGCGACGGGCCAAAAGGUGCGCGCGCUCGCAAACGCGCUCCUCACUAACCCGCCCCGGUCCGCCCGCCCCUCUGUGACCGACACCCAGGACGCCGCGGCGCGCGUCGCGGCGCUGCACGAGGACUACAAGACGCUCGACGCCAAGCUCCAGCUGGCUACGGCGCGACUAAGCGAGCAGCUCCUCAGCGCCGACCCGGCGGGCGGCAACAGCGGUGGCGGCGCCACCACGGCUGCCGCGACGCCCGCGUCCCUGCGUCCCGGGAGCUCCAUGCCGGUGGCGGUGCACGUGGACGAGGACGACGCGGUCGCGAGCGCGCUGUCACACAUCGCUAACCUCGAGGCGCGGCGCGCGGGCCUGCUCGCGCGCCUGCACAUGGCGCAGGCGGCCGAGCUCGACGUGCGCCAGCAGCGCAGCGGCCGCCAGCUGGCCGUCCAGGUCGACAACGCCCGCGUCUUCCGCCGCGUGCUCGAGCUCGGCCCCUCGGGCGUCGCGUCCCUGCUGCGCGUCCUGCUGGCGUCCGCCGGCGUUCGUCCGUCCGACGGCGGCGGCGGCGGCGGCUCCGAGGAGGACGACGCUGCUGGUGCCGUCGAGGCUGUCGAGUGCAGGGCCAGGAUCAGGCAGGCGCUCGACGACGAUCUCAUCCGCGAGGGCCUGUUGCCGGGCUCGUCCCGGGGUGUGGACCGCGGUGACGGGCCGACCGACCUCAUCGACCUGGGGGACACGAGCCACAUCCACGACGAAGAGAGGUGAUUCCUUGCCCGCACCUGAACGCGCGCGGCAUGUUUCGACAACCUUUGUCUUCAUUUGUUUCAACAUAUUCUCACCCUAUCACACGUGGAGUGACAACCAAUAGCUCCCUGUUAUUAUCUCGGCUGGCUACCUACCUCGCACAUUUCCCAUUUUCUCUUCAUAUCAUGAAAAUAAUCUUGCUGAACCAUCAUACCCAUUUCUGUUCUGUCUUUUCUCUCUCGAUUUCACAUGAUACCUUUGCUUUGCUGCAUCUUUCUUACUGUACGCAGGUUACCUGGGGAUCGGAAUCGGUUAUACCUUGACGCACGCAAUGAUGGUUGGUGGGCGUGUUUUGUGUUGAUAGGGUUUGCUGGCCCCGAGGGGAUGGCGCGUCCUGGUAGCGGCGGACGUUUCCCGUCCAUCAAUCGCAAACAAUAAAACUUGCAGGAUCAACGCAAAACAUCUGUCACGCGCG